AUGGACAUUCCUUCUAACUCUAGCUGGACAUUUAAGAGAAUCAUGAAGCUUCGAUCCCUUGUUUAUCCUAUUUUGUCUGUAGGAUUUAAGUGUACUAAAAGCUUAUGGGAAGAUGUUCGAUUGAAGAACAACAAAGUUUCCUGGCAGAAACUGAUCUGGUACCCAAUACACAUCCCUAAGCACAACAUCAUCACUUGGAUGAUAAUUCUGGACCCUUUGCCCACUAAAGACAGGCUGCAGAAGUUUGGAAUCAUUGUUAAUUCUCAGUGCAUCUUAUGUUCUGAAACUAACAAAACCAGAAAUCAUCUUUUUGCUGAUUGUAAGAUGGCUGGCUCCAUCUGGCGUUCCCUUCUUCUUCUUCUUUCUGGUAUUCACAAACCUCAAUUAUCCUGGUCUAACUUGUUGAUCUGGGUGUCUGCAACUUGGAAAGGAAAAUCACUUAUUACCAGCAUUUUAAAGCUCUCUUGGUGUGCUUUCAACUAUACAAUUUGGGAGGAAAGAAAUCAUCGUCUUUUCAGAGUUUCUGCUUCCUUUGGAUAA